AUGAGAGAUGUAUCCACGACCGAAAUUGAAAUGAACGGUCUGUCAACAGACGUGAAAGUAAUCGAUAGUUUCGAGGGAAUGGCUUUGCGAGAGGAUCUGCUGCGGGGCAUCUACGCCUAUGGUUUCGAACGCCCUUCCGCUAUCCAACAACGAGCAAUCACGCCAAUCGUAGCUGGACGCGAUGUCAUUGCUCAGUCACAAUCGGGUACAGGGAAAACCGCGGUAUUCUGUAUCGCGAUGCUCCAGGUGCUUGAAUCUGCAACCAACGAAACACAAAUGUUGACGAUAUCCCCGACACGUGAGCUUGCUGAGCAGACGCAGAAGGUAUGUUUGGCUCUCGGUGACUACAUGAACGUGCAGUGUCAUGCUUGUAUCGGAGGCAAGUCAAUAGGCGAGGAUAUUCGUCGUUUGGACUACGGUGUGCAAAUUGUUAGCGGGACGCCUGGGCGUGUCUUCGAUAUGAUUAAGCGACGUAACCUGCGGACCAGGAAUUUGAAGAUGUUGGUCAUCGAUGAAGCCGACGAAAUGCUGAAUCGGGGUUUCAAAGAACAGAUAUAUGAUAUCUACCGCUACCUUCCACCGUCCACACAGGUUGUUCUCAUAUCUGCCACUAUGCCGCAGGAGGUAUUAGACAUGACUCGUAAAUUCAUGAACGAGCCCGUACGUGUUCUCGUUAAGCGUGAUGAACUCACCUUGGAGGGAAUCAAGCAGUUCUUUGUGGCGGUUGAGCGCGAGGAAUGGAAGUUUGACACGCUCUGUGAUUUGUACGACACACUCACCAUCACGCAGGCUGUCAUUUUCUGCAACACAAAGCGCAAAGUUGAUUGGUUAGCCAACAAGAUGCGAGAGGCUAAUUUCACAGUUUCUGCAAUGCAUGGUGACAUGCCUCAGCGGGAGCGUGAUGCCAUCAUGGCCGAGUUCCGGGGGGGCGCGUCUCGCGUUUUGAUUGCGACCGACAUUUGGGGCCGCGGGCUUGACGUUCAACAAGUGUCUCUCGUCAUCUGCUAUGACCUACCCAACAAUCGUGAGCUAUAUAUACAUCGCAUUGGGCGCUCCGGAAGAUUUGGCCGCAAGGGUGUUGCAAUUAACUUCGUAAAAAAUGACGACGUGCGGAUCCUCCGGGAUAUUGAGCAGUACUAUUCGACUCAGAUUGAUGAAAUGCCCAUGAAUGUCGCAGAUCUCAUCUAA